CAAAAAAGCACAGCCAACUAAUUAAGCACACAGCAAAAGCAAAAAUGGGAUCUCUUACGGCCUCUCUCACACUUCUAAUGGCUUUAGUGUCUGUGAGCUUGCCUUCUCAAAUAUGUGCCGACCGCUACGUCUACUCAUCUCCUCCGCCUCCCAAGCAUCACCAUUCUCCUCUACCACCGGUUUCCUCGCCGCCUCCACCAGUGUACCCUGCACCUCCACCUAAGGAUAGUGGAUCUGAAGUCCCCUCUCCACCUCCUUCUCCAUCACCAACCCCUUCACACACCCCUCCUCCUCUUUCUCCGGCGCCAAGCCCUUCACACGGUGCUCCCCCUCCGCCACCGCUUUCUCCACCGCCAAGCCACCCACCACAUCACUCUCCGGCUCCUUCUCCUUCCCCUAUCCCUAACCCUAUCUAUCCGCCACCCCACAACCCCUAUGUCUAUGCUUCACCACCACCUCCUCCUUAUCACUACCACAGCCUACAAAUUAAGCACACAGCAAAAGCAAAAAUGGGAUCUCUUACGGCCUCUCUCACACUUCUAAUGGCUUUAGUGUCUGUGAGCUUGCCUUCUCAAAUAUGUGCCGACCGCUACGUCUACUCGUCUCCUCCGCCUCCCAAGCAUCACCAUUCUUCUCCACCACCGGUUUCCUCGCCGCCUCCACCAGUGUACCCUGCACCUCCACCUAAGGAUAGUGGAUCUGAAGUCCCCUCUCCACCUCCUUCUCCACCACCAACCCCUUCAUAUCCUCCUCCUCUUUCUCCGGCGCCAAGCCCUUCACACGGUGCUCCCCCUCCGGCCACUCCUCUUUCUCCGGCGCCAAGCCCUUCACACGGUGGUCCUCCUCCCGCCACUCCUCUUUCUCCGGCGCCAAGCCCUUCACACGGUGCUCCCCCUCCGCCACCGCUUUAUCCAUCGCCAAGCCAUCCACCGCAUCACUCUCCUGCUCCUUCUCCUUCCCCUAUCCCAAACCCUAUUUAUCCGCCGCCCCACAAGCCCUAUGUCUAUGCUUCACCACCACCUCCUCCUUACCGCUACUAGAAUACCUGGCUUGCAUGGCUUCCAUGUUUCAAUUCACUCCAUGUUUUUGGUUUUUUCCCCCUAUAUAUGUUGAGGAAUUUACACUGUCAUCAAUUUAGUUUAUGUGUCAUUGUAUGUUUGGUGUGCCACUAUAUUGGGGUGGUUCAUGCACUCCCUUAUGAAGCACAAAUCAGUAUAAAAUCACAUGCAUGCAUAUGCAUGCUUUGUUGUAGUUUUCAACCUGCCGCCCUCGCACAGGUUUUUGAAAACCAACCUGUCAUAAUAAUAAUAUCAUAAUUUUCUCUCUCUUA